GUAAAGGGCAGCUUCCUGGUUGGAGAGCACCUCGCUGGGGCCAUGGCCGCGCGGGGGAAACCCGGGCGGCAGAGGCAGGAGGCGGUGGCGGCCGUGGUGGUGGUGGGCUCCUGCAUGACCGACCUGGUCAGGUCAUUCCUUUCUCUGCUAUGAAUCAUCUCGGAGAAUCUGUAACAAGCACAUCAUUGUCAAGAAGUUAAAAGCAAUGAUAAGUUGUUCUGCUAACACCUGUCAGUGAAAUAACUCAGAGCACAAAACCCGGGCAAUUGAAGGAGUUGACAAGUAUUAUUAAACCUGUUUUGCAAGAGAAGAAGCUGGUUCAAAGAGGGAAAAGCUGUCAAAGGACGGCCUGAGGAACCAGAAACCCCGGAGUAGACAGAGUGGCACUGUUAGGCUGCACCUGCAAGAAGCCAGCUGGAGCCCAGGAAGAACCAGUGGCUGGAAGCAGAUGCAGGCAGGACGGAUGACUGAGGUAGUAAGAAGUGGUCUCCCAUAACACACAACUCUAUUCUCAUUGCUUCCACUUCCGCGCAUGAGGAUAUAAAUCUUACUCCUCGUUUGCCAAAAACCGGAGAAACCAUCCAUGGACAUAAGUUUUUUAUUGGCUUUGGAGGGAAAGGUGCCAAUCAGUGUGUCCAAGCUGCUAGGCUUGGAGCAAAGACGGCCAUGGUGUGCAAGGUUGGCAAAGAUUCUUUUGGCAAUGAUUACAUAGAAAACUUUAAACAGAAUGAUAUUUCUACAGAAUUUACAUAUCAAACUAAAGAUGCUGCUACAGGAACUGCUUCUAUAAUUGUCAAUAAAGAAGGCCAGAAUAUCAUCGUGAUAGUGGCUGGAGCAAAUUUACUUUUGAAUACUGAAGACCUGAGAGAAGCAGCCAAUGCCAUUAGCAGCGCCAAAGUAAUGAUCUGCCAGCUAGAAGUAACUCCAGCAAUUUCUUUGGAAGCCCUAACAAUGGCCCACAGCAGUGGAGUGAAAACAUUGUUCAACCCAGCUCCCGCCACUGCUGACCUGGACCCCCGGUUCUACACCCUCUCAGAUGUGUUCUGCUGCAAUGAAACUGAGGCGGAGAUUCUCACCAGCCUGGCGGUGAGCAGCCCCGCGGACGCGGGGAAGGCCGCGCUGGUGCUCCUGGAGAGGGGCUGCCGCGUGGUGAUCAUCACCUUGGGCGCUGCAGGGUGUGUGCUGCUGUCUCAGGCAGAGCCUGUUCCAAAGUACAUUCCCACGGAGAAGGUCAAGGCUGUGGAUACCACGGGUGCUGGCGACAGUUUCGUAGGAGCUUUGGCCUUCUACCUGGCUUACUACCCAAAUCUGUCCUUGGAAGAAAUGCUCAAGAGAUCCAAUUUCAUCGCAGCAGUCAGCGUCCAGGCUGCAGGGACACAGUCAUCCUAUCCAUACAAGAAGGACCUGCCACUUGAUUUGUUUUGAUUGCUACUAACUCAAACAUAAAAAUACCUGGAAAUAAAAUGUUCUUGAAGGUG